AUGAAAUUAGUAAAAAAAAAAAAUUACUUUUACAUAAAAAUAUUUUAAACAAAUAUAUUGUUUUUUUUUUUUUUUUUGAUUAAAAUUAUUUUUUUUACAAACAAAAAUGUUAAUAUUGAAGUGCUUUCACCCAAAUAACUUUUCCUUUAUAAUAGUAAUUGGUAGAGGUGGAUUUGGAAAGGUUAUUUAGUUUUAAAAAAUAAAAUAUAUAUAAUAAAUUAAAUAAAGGUAUGGAAAGUGGAAUAUUUAAAAAAUAAAUAGUUUUAUGCACUAAAAGAAAUGCAAAAAGCAAAGGUUAUAAACAAGAAAAGUGUAAAUUCAGUAAUGAACGAAAGAUAGCUUCUUUCAGGUUUAUCUCAUCCUUUUCUAAUAAAUAUGUUAUAUGCAUUCUAAGACCGUUAAAGCUUAUAUUUAGUAAUGGAUUUAUUAACUGGAGGUGAUCUAAGAUAUCAUAUUUCAAGUCGUAGAAAAUUUACAGAACAAUAAACAAAAUUCUUUACUGCCUGUAUAAUUAUAGGAUUAGAAUAUUUGCAUUCUAACGGAAUAAUUCAUAGAGAUAUAAAACCCGAAAAUAUAGUUUUUGAUUCUAUGGGUUAUUUAAGAAUUACUGAUCUUGGAAUCGCUAGAAUAUGGAAACCUGAUAAUUCUUAAGAUACAAGUGGUACUCCAGGUUAUAUGGCUCCUGAAGUUAUGUGUCGAUAAAAUCAUGGAGUUGCUGUUGAUUAUUAUGCUUUAGGAAUUAUUGUUUAUGAAUGUAUGAUAGGAAAAAGACCUUAUGUGGGCAAAUCAAGAUAAGAAAUAAGAGAUUAAAUUUUAGCAAAAUAAGUUUAAUUAAAAAAAUCUGACGUUCCAGAAGGAUGGACUUUAGAAGCAGCAGAUUUUGCAAAUAGACUUAUAUAAAGAAAGCCAGCUAAUAGAUUAGGCUUAAAUGGACCCUAAGAAGUAAAAAAUCAUCCUUGGUUUAAAGGAUUUCCUUGGUAAAAACUUUUAGAUAAAUAAUUAACACCUCAAUUUAUUCCAAAUAUUGAUUAAUAAAAUUUUAUAUCAGAUAAUAGAAACGAUUCCAUAGAUGAAAAUUGCUAAUAAACUUAAAUUUUAUUAAGAAGAAAUUCUAUAUAAGUUUUUUGGAUACUAAUAUGAUAUUUAAUAAAAUUUAGUUAAUAAAUAAUUUAAUAAUAAUAACUCGAAUAUUAGUACAAGAUUUAAUAAUACUACUAGAGCUUAAACAGAAGCUAAAAAUAAUAAUCAUAUAAGAUAAUAAUCUUUACAACUUUAAUAAAAUGGGGCUAUUUAAAAAAUAAUAAAUUAAUAACAAAAUCAGGCUUAUUAAAAAAUGGGAUAAUCUUAGGCUACAACAAAAUAAACUUAAUGAAAAUAAUGAAAUUUUUUAUA